CUCUUGUUUGAAAAUUUUUAAAAAUCAUCAAAAACCAUCGAAAAAUGGAAAACAACGAUGCGGAUAACAUGAAAGAAUUAUUACCAACAACCAACAAAAUUGAUCCAACAGAUUUCGAUGUCACUGUUAGUGCUUUGUUGACUGGGUUAGGAGCUGAAAAAUAUGUCGACAUUUUCAGGCGACUUAAUAUUGGACAAAAUACUCUAGUUGAGUUAACUGAUAAUGACCUCAUUCAAAUUGGAGUGAAUGAUGAAGAAAUAAGAAAAAAAAUUUUGACAGAAAUACAGAACUUGCCUAUCUAUGAAGAGGCAUGUGAACGUAUGGCUACUGCGGGUCAGGACCUUACACCAAUGGAAAUAGUUGAGAUCCUAGAAGAGAGUUCACAACACUUAUACAGGAUCUAUUUGAGUGUGAUUUCUAACACAUUAGCUGUUAAAAAGACUAAGAACAUAACCGACUGUUUACUCUAUAGAGAUAACUAUGCCUCUGACAUCGCACUAGUAACGCUAAGUGAAAUGACUAGUAUUUUAAAUUCAAUGGAUAUAGCUCUUCAUACAGAAAUGAAAUCAUUAACUAAAGAUCCAACAUCCAGAAAUAAGAAAGUAAUAGUUGGCAGCAUAGGGAGUGUAAUGGUAGCAGCACUAGCAGUAUUAUUUGUGAGAUCUCUCAAACAACUCAAGAAGUAAUGAAAACUGUUCAUGAUAUUAUGCUUUGUACUAAGUACUGACUUCCCGUGUACUACCUCUCCAACCAUACCAAGUAUAUACAAUGCUUCGUCAUAAUUUCUUACAUAUCAGCAUUAAUUCAUGUUGCCUUGUUGUGGGAGAUGUUAAUAAAUGU